AUGAGGCUGCCCCUGGCGCUGCUGGCCCUGGCCGCCCUGGGGGCGGCCGGCCGGGAGGCGGCGGAGGAGGCGCGGGCGGGGCGGUUCUCCACGCCGGAGCGGCACCGGUGCCGCUGGGAGCUGCGCUCGGCCGCGGGGGCCAGCGAGCUGCGGCUGAGCUGCCGGGCGGCGGGCGGCGGGGCGGCGAGGAGCUGCGCCUACCGCGGGGAGCCGCGCCGCUGCCCGGCCUUCGGCGCCCGCAGCCGCCGGUACUGGCGGCAGAUCCUGUCCCGGCUGCGGCGCCGGCACCACCCCUGCGCCCCGGGAGCGCCGCUCCGCGCCCGCCUCUGCGGCCCGGGCCGUGCUCCGCCCGAGGCGCAGCUGCGCCUGCUGCCCGAGCCGGCCCCCGCCCCGCCGCCCACCGCGGACCCGGCGCAGACCGACUGCUCCGAGCGGUGGCACUCGCUGUGCAGCUUCUUCGUCGGCUUCUGGGAGGGCUGA